GAGCAGCAGACUGACAGAGAGAGAGGCUGUGAGGCUGACGGACGCUCAGCAGAAGCUCUGAAGCAAGAUGAAUCUGGCUCUGAUCCAUGACAGACCCAACAUCAAGACGUUCUGGGAGAAAAGGAUUGACUCUGACUGUCAGUAUGCUGAGUCCGAGGAGAAGAGGAGGAACAAGAGCGCACUGAAGAAGCUGCGGGGGGAAUGGCUCGUCCGUUUAGAGAACCGAACCAAACACCUGAAGAACCUCAACGAUAACUAUUUGAAGAAGGCAAAGACGGAGAAAUCAGCUGAACAAACGGAUCAAACAAGUGAAGAAACUGAGUCUUCCUAAUGUUAGAGCAGGAAAGUGAGUGCUUGGAAACAAAUAAUACUGUCAUCUACAUGUUCAAAUGCAAACAUCCAUCGUGAUAAAUUCUGUAAACUGAAUCAAGGAGAACAGUCAGUUUGUUUGAAAGAAGUAUGAGGUACAUGAUAAUGAAACUAAGUGUGUUGGAGCCACAGACAUUAUAAAUGUGGACGCUGCAGUGAUGGAGUUGGCCUGCUGCUGGGAUAUGUCAGCGUGCACACCAUAUUGGUAGUGACAAGUCCAUGCUGUAUGCAAACCUAGACUAAAGAAUCUGAUUUUUCAGAGCAAAAAGCACCAAUGUUUUCAUUGCACCCACAGUAGUGUCAUAAGGACAGCUGUAAGAUCAUCACUCUUGGACCACCGUUCAUUGAUGGAACAUCUUGUAGUAGCAGAGUAAUGAUUGGGACGUCUCUCUACUGCCCUCUGCAGCUGUUCCUAGGACCCUUGCCUUCCCCACAUCUGGUCCUUCUUCAGCCAGAGCCAGAAGUUUGCUUCUCAGAAAAUGGCUAGAUGUUCCCACAAAGCCUCAGCUGCCAACUUCUACAGGGUAGCUGACUGCUGAAUGAGUAUGAAUAUUUAAUCUAAAAUUGAUUUAAUGCAAAGGUUGGUGCUUUUUGUCCAGAAAACUCACAGUUUCCUCAUCUAUUUG